UGAAAAGCGGGUUAAAUUGGAUUCACGUCGAGGUUGGUUAACGUCCAUCCCCUAUCCGACCCACGCGUCAAUCAUUUUCCAAAAGCCUCGACAUUCUCCUGUCUCUCUCUCUCUCCGUUGGUUCGAGCAGUCAACACCACCACUGUCAUUAUGAACCUCUCAUCUCUCCGUCUCGACUCCAACCCUAUAUCCACAGCUCGACAGAGAUAUGGCCGUGGAACCUACAGAACCAGUGGGCCACACAGGAGGGCCGUCGUGUGCUCUGUAAAGCCCGUUGCUUCUUCUUCGUCGUCGGCAGUGGUGGAGCAGGGGGUGAGUGAGGCUAAACUGAGUCGAAUCGGGUCACUGAGUCAGGUCUCGGGCGUGUUGGGCUCUCAAUGGGGUGAUGAAGGUAAAGGUAAGCUCGUCGAUAUCUUGGCGAAACACUUCGACGUCGUUGCUCGCUGUCAGGGUGGAGCUAAUGCGGGACACACUAUUUACAAUUCUGAGGGCAAGAAGUUUGCCCUUCACCUUGUUCCUUCAGGGAUUCUUAAUGAGGAAACACUCUGUGUUAUUGGUAAUGGAGUUGUGGUCCAUCUACCUGGAUUGUUUAAUGAAGUUGAUGGCCUCGAAUCUAAUGGAGUUUCCUGCAGUGGAAGGAUCUUGGUAUCUGAUCGUGCUCACUUGUUAUUUGACUAUCAUCAAGUGGUAGAUGGUCUUAGGGAAGCCGAGCUAGCUAAUUCCUUUAUUGGCACUACCAAGAGAGGCAUCGGACCUUGUUACUCAAGCAAGGUUAUCAGGAAUGGCAUCAGGGUAAGUGACUUGAGGCAUAUGGAUACUUUCCCUCAGAAGCUUGAUGUUUUGUUGUCAGACGCAGCUUCAAGGUUCAAGGGUUUUACCUAUAGCCCUGAAAUGCUCAGGGAAGAAGUUGAGAAGUACAAGAGAUUUGCAGAGAGGUUGGAACCUUUCAUUGUUGAUACGGUACAUUAUAUGAAUGAAGCAAUCUCUCAAAAGAAGACAAUUUUGGUGGAAGGUGGUCAGGCAACCAUGUUGGAUAUCGACUUUGGAACUUACCCCUUUGUGACUUCCUCUAGUCCAUCAGCUGGUGGAAUCUGCACUGGUCUUGGUAUUGCUCCUAGAGUUGUUGGUGAUCUAAUAGGAGUGGUUAAAGCAUAUACUACAAGAGUUGGUUCGGGCCCUUUCCCAACUGAAAUCUUGGAUAAAGGGGGUGACCUUCUCAGAUUUGCAGGGCAGGAGUUUGGCACAACUACUGGUCGUCCUCGUCGUUGUGGUUGGCUUGACAUAGUUGCGCUGAAAUAUUGCUGUCAGAUUAAUGGCUUUUCUUCACUUAAUCUCACUAAACUUGAUGUAUUGUCGGAUCUCCCUGAAAUUCAGCUGGGAGUUUCUUACAAACAAAGUGAUGGUACGCCAAUUAAAUCAUUCCCUGCAGAUCUUCGUGUUCUCGAGCAGUUGGAGGUGGAAUAUGAAGUUUUGCCUGGGUGGCAUUGUGAUAUUUCUUCUAUCAGAAACUACUCCGAUCUGCCAGAGGCUGCACGUCAAUACGUGGAAAGGAUAGAAGAACUUGUUGGUCUUCCCAUCCAUUACAUUGGCAUUGGACCUGGACGUGAUGCCCUUAUAUACAAAUGAGUACUCCUCCAUUUUAGUGAUGAAAUGACGCUUCUGGUACUGGAAUUAUUUAUUCCCGUGUGUUAGGGAUUCAUAUCUUUAAAACACAGUUAUCAGUUUGGUGGCAUGAGUUUAUUGUAGCAAAUUGGUAUUGGUUUGUGCUUGUAUAAGCUUUUUUUGAUUGUUAUGAAUUGUAUUUGAGCUUCUGAAGUAGAAGUUAUGUUAGCUACUGCAGUUUUGGAUGAUCCUAUUCCAAUGGAGUUCAAUUUUGCUUAUGCCUUCAAGAGUAGGCCACCUCCAUUGAUCGUCCGUAGUGGAAGUAGAAAGGUUUCUUUGUUAACUGAGUUUAUUUUGUAUUUUGUUUUUGAA